UUUUGCCACAUCUCGCUUGUCAUUGCUGCACGAGAUUUCAUUUCGCGGAAAUCCAAGAUGGCGGCUAAUUUGACAAAACUGUGAAAAUUGCCGUGCUUUCUGCCGUAACUUCAUCGAAUUUCCGUCGAACUGAGCGACAAUCAUGACCGAAUCCGGACAGGACGAGGUUACGGUGCCCCUAGAGGACCUGCUGACUCUGGUUUGGGGACGCAACAUCCGCCCAGACGUUUUUAAUCGGUGGUCACAAGGGUUUGAGUUUAGUGAAGAUGAGCCCACGGCUUUGAUUCAGCAUGAAGGAGGUCCCUGUGGAAUCAUUGUUCCUUUACAGGCCUCUCUGUUGAAGAACUUGCUGUUCUCAGAAGGUGCCCCUGAACAGUGGAACAAUGUGUCAGCUGACCAGGCUAAGCAGCUGCUGCUGAUGUCCCUGUGUGAGGUGUUUGAGCUGUGUGGAGUGGAGAAGGUAGUGUUGGUGUACCAGUACACUAAGAAGGAGAAGUCCGGGGAGGAGCCCAUGGAGACAGGGGAGGGCAGUGGGGAGAACAUGGCAGCAGAGGAGCAGGAACCUACACAAGAUACAGGUUCAGCACAAGUAGAGGGACCAACUGCAGCAGUAGACCAAUUCCAUCAAUCCUUAAGGAUGCGACAGUUUUCCUGUGCCGACAACUUAAAGACAAUGAUAGAGAGUAGCUACGAAAUAUUCCACGGCAGACACGGAGUUCUGUUGUUCCUGUAUUCUGUCAUUCUGUCCAAGGGUAUAGAAAAUAUCAAGAAUGAAGUCACUGACCCCACAGAACCAUUAAUAGAUAGUGUUCAUGGGCAUGGGAGUCAAAGCCUGAUCAACCUCUUACUGACGGGGUACGCAGUGUCCCAUGUGUGGGAUGGGGACCAGGAUGUGGCUGGGCUCAAACUUCGAGGCAUUCCUAGACAGGGGAAGGUAGGGUUUCUCACCCUGCUGGAACACCUGCGGUACUGUGAGGUUGGCAGUUACCUGAAGAACCCAGAGUUUCCUAUCUGGAUCUUGGGCAGUGAAACUCACCUAACUGUGCUCUUCUCAAAGGAGAUGACAUUGGUAGCUCCAGAGUCCAGAGAUGCAGAGGCCAGAAGGAUAUUCAAGAGUUAUGAUCCAGAAGGAAAUGGUUUCAUCUCGACCAUACUCCUGGGAGAUGUGCUGAGGUCACUGGACCUGUGUGCUGAGGAAGAAUAUGUGGACAUCAUGCAGAAGAAACUGGACUCAGAACAGCUGGGCAUUAUUGUACUGGAACAGUUCAUGCAGGAGUUCUUUGCUAAUGAGGAAAAGUCACCCAUUCCAGAGUCUUUCACAGUUUAUCAUUACAAUGGGCUGAAGAGAUCCUCAAACAAUGGAAAGGUUCAGUACCAGGAAGGGAAGGCUAUGAUACAGGAGCUGGGGGAAGUCAAGUGUGUGACAACAGACAACUCCGCUAUCAAAACCUGCCUGGCAACCAAGUGGCCUGGAGUGGAGGUGCUCUGGGACAACGACAUUAGCCCCUCGUUGAACUGAAGCACAUUCACACAGACAUGUAGCAGUGCAUUCGACGAAGCUGAUUCAAUCAGACCCAGGGAAGCUUAGGCUGUGCUUGUCAUCAGGGCGGGGUGAAAGAAAGAAGCACCGCAUUUGUGCACAGAUUCGCACUGUGAUGCAGUUCAGUUACCAUGCAUGUCAAAUGCACUGAACAAUCAUUCAACUGAAAUCUUUGAAAAAAAAACUUUUUUUCUGUCAAAAAGCCAUUUUCACACUAUACUUUACCUUGUGCUUUGUGUAGCUUAGCAAUACUCUUCUCCUUUUUGAUGCACUUUUUAAACUGCUGGAAUUAAUGGAGAAAAAAAAUACAAUCAUGGCUGUAUCUGUAAGGAAAAACAGAAAGGAACAAAGAAUGCACUUUAUCCAAAUUACCUGUAUACCUUGGAGAUAUUAAAACUCUAUCCUACAAAUUGUAGUUGUUGGGAAGGUGAAAUGUGGAUCUAUCUUUUUCCCUUUCUCCCAUUUAUGUUUGGAAUCAACAUUUGUAAGAUGUUGUGUUGUACCCUUUCUCACAUUUUUGUCUCCAAAACGAUAAUUUUGAAAAAGCCAAGAGACCAUAAGAUAAGAAAGAUACUGUGUAGACUAACACCUUGCUCCUGAUGAGGCAAGCACUUCAGUAUUAUGUUGCGUUAUGCUUCUGUUAUUGUUAAUUGUACAUCAGGGUAGAGACUCCAGAUCUAGUAGAAUCAGCAUUUCUACCAGUAAAGAUCCUAAUUCUUGUCUUUUUCAACAGAAACUCUGAUGAUUGUCUCUGUUCAGAAUUCUACCGGCAGAUAUCCCCAUUGAAAUUUUAAGAUACUCGCAUAAAAGACAGUUGCAACUUCUCAGCUCCAAUUCAUGUCAGUUUAGAUCAAUGGAUUCACUUAAAACUCAGGAUUCACAAUGACAAACUACCCAAACACAUUCCUAGCUUCCUGAUUCCUUUCUCUGUCAACAGAUACUCAGAUCAGCAUCUCAACUGGUAAAAUUGAGGCUACUGAUAGAAUCACUGAUCCUAACAGAUCGGAGUGUCUACCCUUAUGUUUUAACUUUUUGUGUUUACUUAUGUUUAUUGAAGUUAUGGGAUCAACAAUACACUACUUUGAUGGUGCUAAGAACUCAGAACUUGAUGUUCAUAUAUUACCAGUGUAUGUAAUAUUUUGUACACAAUCUUUUUUUUGUGUGUUGUGUGUAUAUUAACAGAAAGACAGAAAUGGUUUUCAAUGAACCUCACACUCACCCCCAGUCUAUGUACAUGUAUCUGUGAUUUGCUUACAGUGUACCACCCAGACUAUACAGUGAAUACAGUGUUAAUGAUAUUCAAAGUAAUUUCAGGGCGGCCACUAAUAAAUAGCUAGAACCAGCCCACGAUACAAAACAAGCAACCGUUUUCCAUCAGUGACAUCAAAUUUUGCGUCACAGAUAUCAGUAUGCUAUGUGAUAGGUUAAUUCAACUUGAUGAUCAGAAGAUUGACUUAAAAUAUCCAGUUUUGCUGCCCUGAAAUUGCGUUGGAUGCCUUUAAACUCACAAGCUUUCUAGUCAUCCCAACUUGGCAGUGUAAAAAUGUAUGUAUAUACUACACUAAGUUGUACAGGAAUGUAGACUUUGUCUUUUGAUACUGCCUAUGAUUAUCAAGUCACUAGGCUAAUUUUAUGGAUGCAUGCUGAUUUUGGCUUGUUUGGCAGUAAGGAAAAUGCUUACAACAUGUAUGUAAACUAAUGGGCAAGGGUUAGAGACAAUUCUCAAAGAACAUGAUCAAAUCUAGUAGUGACUUGGUAAAGGUAGUGCAAAAUGAGAGAAUGUCAUGAAAUUGUAAUUACACAUUUGUAAACCAUCAAAAGAAAUCGGACUGCUGUAAAUGUUCUUAUUAUCAAAAAGAUGUCAUCCAUGAAAUUAAGAUUAUACACAUGCCCCAACUCCUGACCCCAGGCUUAACAGCUCAUAGAAGAAUGUAUCAGUCUAGUUUCUAAAGUUGAAACACUUAAAAAUUGUGGGAGUAGGUCACACAAAAUGCAUAAGCCAGACCAUGUAUAAACAACACUUAUGGCAAGACAAGUUUACUGUAGUCAGAAUCUACAGUAGAAAUUAUGGAUGUUUGUUAGGUGGAAAGUAGCCCAAUUUUGUUGGACUUAAAUAUUGCAGUUCAAUGUUAACAUUUUGUUGUUUUAUCAAGAUAUUCUCCACUGUAUCCUAUGUACAGUUGUCAUGAGCACUUAUAAUGUCUAAACUUCUAAUAUUUCUGUCAUCAACGUUGCUUGUAUGUGAAACAUUAAAACUUCAUACACACUCUAUA